AUGUGGGACGUGGACUCGUCCGGGCAGGAGGUGGCGCCGCCGGCCAACACGGCGGCGGGGGCGGCGGGGAGCGCGCUGCCCAACGCGAUGGCGAGGAUGCAGGAAACCGCGAUGAUGACGGCGCUGCUGCAGCAGCAGGCGGCGCUUACGCGGCGCGCGCGGCGGCUGCACAUUGGGAACCUGCCGCCGGGGCUGACGCUGGAGUCGAUGCGCGAGCUCUUCAACACGACGCUGAGCGCGGCCAAGCUCACCCUCGACGAGGCGCCCUGCAUCAACGACGUCCACAUGUCUGGCGACGCGCGCUUUGGCUUUGUCGAGUUCCGGUCGGUGCUCGAGUGCACGAACGCGCUGGUGCUGGACGGGAUGCAGCUGCUCGGCCGAGCGCUCAAGGUGCAGCGGCCGAACGACUACAUGCCUCCCCCGCCCGGACUCGACAAGGUGCUCAUCCCGCAGUCGGUCUCUUCCGUCGUCACCUCGGUGCACGUGGGCAACCUGCCGCUGGGCGCGGGGCUCACGGCCGAGAUGCUCAAGCAGUUCUUCAACGCCGCCAUCACGUCGGCGAACCUGCACGACUCGUCCAAGGAGGGCGACCCUGUCAUCGACUCGAUGAUCGGCUCCGAGGGCAAGUUCGGCUUCAUCGAGUUUCGGACCAUCGCCGAGGCGAGAUACGGGGAGAUAUGGGGAGAUGCGACCUCGUGCAUCGCGCUCAACAACAUCGAGCUCGCCGGCAAGCAGCUCCGCAUCGAGCGACCCCGCGACUACGCGCCCAUGCCAGACUCGAUGCUGGACGAGCUGCGCGCGGCGGGCGAGGACCUGGCCAGCGCCGAGGAGAUGGGCGAGAUCCUCGAGGACGCGAGGUCCGAGUGCUCCAAGCACGGCGCCGUCUCCCUCUACGUGCCCAAGCCCGGCGUGUCCGGCCCUGCCGGCUCGGGGGCGGAGGAGGCUGCGAUCGCGCUGAAGCUCUUUGCGGAGUACGGCACCGCCGCCGAGGCGCUCGCUUGCGGAAAGGAGCUGCACGGGAAGCAGUUCGACGGGCGGACGGUGCUCGCCUCCUUCCUGCCGCCCGAGGCCUUCCAGGCCGUCAAGGGGCUGGACUGCUUCACGGCGUGA